ACAGUUUGUUACCGUCAAUGUCAAAUCGUCAAUCAACCUGAUGCGUUGCGAAUUUGUCGGAAACUAUCCACAAGUUUAAAUUAAAAAUUAUGAGGGAGUGAAUCACCUCAUUUAGUGAAACAGUGGUAUUAGUUUAUCGUAGAGAAACUCUGAAAGAAUUCAAUAUGCUCAUACGUUGUGGUCUUUUGUUAUUGUGUUUGAACUUGGUGAGGACGAGUGAGUAUAUUAGUGAUGGGGCAACAAGAGCUCGUGUUGCAGAGUUCAAUAGAAGGUUUUCACUGUGGCCUUCUGUACACAAUGCUGCAAGGUUAAUGAGAGUGAGGAGAGAGGCUGAGGCUGGGUCUGUCGUCCAAAGCGAGGGUGGGCAAGACGUCGUUGCCACGGCCGAGAAGACCGCGCCAUCGGGGGAUGUAAAACCCCCUGUGGCAGUUGAAAUUAAAAAUGGAACGAAAGAAAAAGUGGCAUCCGAUCCUCCGCCACCGCCGCCAGCCAGUGGCAAUGCAACAGUUGUGAACCCAGCUCCUGCUCCAGUGGUCAACGAGACGAAAUUAAAUGCAACAAGUACAGACAAACCAAUUAAGAUAGACCUCAACAAUCCCGGAGUACUGAAAAGAGGUUUCAUUGUGUUUGGAGGAUUUGCGCUGCUGGCAGUCGCAUAUUUUAUAUUCUACAGGAAAAAGAGCAAAAACAAUGAUGCAGGGAACGCGCACAAUACAAACGAUGCGAACCAGUUCCGAUACGGCGUGCUGCAGUCAGAAGAUAGACGGGACAACCUGGAGUUGUCCAGGGUUCCUCUCACCAUGGAGUCUGAUGAAGACGAGGACGAGGAUCUGGAGAUCUUCGACCUUGAACAGAAGAAGAAGUCACUCUCUUACGUCAACCUUCAAACUAAUGAUGAAGAUAUUGUCUUCUCACCAAAGGAUAGCACAGAUAACGAUAGGGAAAACUUACUAUUAGAUAUUGAAGAUGGCGCCACCUCUGACACACUAAUUAAUUGGAGUAGCAGUGGCAGUAAGUCAAUAUUAUAAUUCCUGUUUAAAAAAGUUAUUAUAAUUGUAUAAAUAUGCGUUCUGCAUUUAUCCGCCAUAAUCUGAAUUGAAGAUAGUUUCACAUAAUUGCGAUAGGUUAGGUUAUCAAAUGAAAUAAAAAAUCAUAGUUUUUAAUGUACUUUUAGUAUUAUUUUAGUUGAUAUUUCGCUUCGUUAUUAUGUAAGAGAUAUCUUUGUUUGAUAACCUAACAAUCGUGUUUUUAUUAAUUCAUUAAUUUAAUAGGUUUUAUUUAAAUAUGUUCGGUGUUAAAUGUACUUAUGCCUAUGUCGGUAUUUUGUACAAUCCAGUGCAAAAUUUCGAACAGUAAUGUUAUGCAAAUAACAAAUUAGCUUGUUCAUAAUGGAGCCACUUAUCCCAAAUUACUGGUGUUCUAUUUGGAGCUGAGCAUUCCAAAAGGCAUUUUCCAGUUCUCAUUAGACCGUAUUGUAAUUAUAGUAACGUGAUUCAGCGUGACCUUCGUAUUGGCGUUAUCUGGAACUGUUUCGAACAAACAUUGAGAAAACGAUCUCAGAUACAAACGCAAAGCAUUUGCAAAGCGAAUACAUUAAAUAUACCUAAUAACUACAUCGACUAACUUCACUGCCUUUAUUGAUUUUAGUUUAAAUUUCUAAAAUGAACUUUGUUUUUUGUGCAACAAGGUGGUGAUUAGAUUGAGUUAAAAAUAGAUUGAUUGAUUGACCUUCAAAGAUCGUUGACCGACAGUUAGAAAAAGAGAUAUUCAGUUUCAUCACAUUUCCUAGUUUGGUCAUUGUCACGGUUUUGCUUAAAUGCUUUGUUGCACAAUUAAUUGCAAACGCUAGUACAAGUCGAACACGUGGUCUCAGAUUCGAUUUCUGAGUCAGGCUAAGUAUUAUUGAUUGUUUUAGUGUUAAAAUUCUCAAUAAUUGAUCGACAUCUGAAAUUAUGAUUCCUUUAAAAGCUGUCACCAUGUUUUAAUGUUGAUGUAAACAAUAUUUUGUAAAUCUAAAUAUUUGAUUAUUUUUUCUCCCAUUUUAGUAGGAUCGUACACAGAAGUAGUAAAUAUUAAUAUAUUUUUGUAAAUUUGCCUAAAUUAUGUCAGUUUAAUUUUGAAGUUAAAACAUUGUCACGAUAAUGUUAUGUGUAAAUAGGUUAAAUUCCACAUUAUUAUUGCAUUUUGAAAUAAUACUAAUUAAUAAAGAGUUUUUUAUGUCAAUAUCCACACUAUUAAAUUAAGUAGGUAUGCAAACUAUUAUUAUAUUUAAUUAUGUAAUACAAAUUGUUUAUUUUAUAUUUGAUUUAUCAUAAUUAUGUUAAAAAUAUUAUAAAUCUCAUCUAUUUUUGUUCUCAAAUAAUUUAAUUUCAAUUUAUAAGUAUUUAGUCGAUUAUUCAUGUGAUUUAUAUAUCGAUUCGCAUUGAACAGAAGUUAUGUUAGUUCAUUUUAUUUUUUUGUUUGUAAUGUUUGUGUAAAAAUAUUAAUUUGUCGUUUAAAAAUUGGAAAUGUGCCAUUAAAAAUGAAUGUAACCAAAAAUAAUGAAUGUUAUCUACAUGAAUGUUAUAUUAUAAAUGUUAUCUACAUUCAUUAUUUUUUGUAAACUAUCUAAUGAUUAGUCGUACUAAAUACGACUGAUUAUUACUAUAUGAUUCAGUUUAAUUUAAAAACAACGUAAAAAAUGUACUAUAUUUAAUUCGGGAACUAAUUUACUUUCGUAAAUUAUAAAAUUUAAAUUUAUUUUUAGCAUCAUGUGACUAGUCGAUUUCAAGCGAUUAUUACAUUAAGUGCAAUGUAAUUUUAGUCGAUUAUUUUUGUAAAUCGAUAGAUGAAAAACGAACUAAUCAGUAUUCGACUAAAGUAUGUUGCGGGUCCAACCUACACGAUGGAAGUACAGUAAUUAUUUUUUUAUCAAUUUUUGUUUUAGUAGAUUAUUUUUGGAAGUUAUUUAUCAUAUUGAAAUUUAGUCGAGUACUAUACGUAUUACGUAUGUAUGUUGUACCGUAAACUAUAUUAUAUAUUUUCACUUUAACAUAUCAGUAAUAACUAUAGAUUUUACAGGUUUACGUACAAACUACGGCAUGUUACACUAAAAGUUUAAUUUCAUUAAGACACCAUUAUCGGAAAAAUGGGCUUCUAAAAUGUAUGACAAGCGUGUAUAUUGUAAAAAAUACAAUUCUGAAACAAAUAGCGUGGUCUGCCGUAAGUUAUACGUUAGCCCCAUUAUUAUAAUAGAUGUAAUUACAUUUUAAUAGCAUCUUAUGAAGCUAGUUACUGCAUUUUCAAUAUCUCAGAGAAUUCCUACAAUUUAUAUUUCUACAUUUAUUUUUGUAAAUAAUGCUGUGUCAAGAGAAAAUCUAACAUAGAUUUUUAUGUAUGUGUAAAGUUAUUUUAUUUACUCUUGCUUGUUUCUAUUUUUGGUUUUAGAUUGAGCAAUUAAAAUUUCGUUGUAUGAAAAUAGUAUAUAGAGAACAUUUUUAUUUUUUUAUACAUACAUGCUUCUUAAUUUAAAUGUUUGUAAAUUCCUUAUGCAUGUAAACAAAACAGCCAGCAUUUUGUGUAAAUUUGUUGAGUGAAUUUUAUUUCAAAUAAAAUAUUAAUAAGUAAAAUGCUCAACGCAAAAGCCAAUAAUUUAGUAUAUGUACUUACAUAGCGUAGUACUUAUAUCUUAUAUUAAUUGUCUUUUCCUAUAUAUUUAUGCACAGCAACAGCCAUAAAAACUAUGUAAAAUAAAACAAAGAAAUGCCUAUUAUAACAUAAAUAUUAUUAUGUAAAAUAGAAAAAAUAUAAAUAAGCUAUUAUAGGUUUUUGUUCGUACGAGUAGUAAUAUUUUUGUUUAAAUUUCCGUAUUUUUGUAAUAGGGGAGCGGACUAUUUUUUUUUUUUGUAAUGGCCAUGCAGUAGAUUGAUUAAGAAUAUUGGACACGUAUUUUGGCGGGAUUUUCCUGUGGUUUUCAUCGUCUCGUAUAACUAAGAAGUGCAUGUACGUAAAAUUAAUGGACAAGUGACGAAACCAUUAGGAAAACUAAAAGAAAUACUUGUCCCAUAUUUUUUCAUUAUCUAAUGAGUAUUAACGUUUUUGUGCCCACCAGAUGACACCAACAUAGCGUGAUGUCUGUUCGUCCAAUAGGGAAUGUCUUUAUAUGAAACCACAAACCAUUUUUUGAAAGCUACAGAUAUUGGACGUAUAGAACCUUACGCUUGUUUGGCGCCAUCUAGUGGCCACAAUAACGUCAGCACUCACUGAAAGACUACAUGGACGUUUACUCUUCAUGCCCUGUCUACACCCCUAUUUCCUUGGCUUAAAAAUUCGCCUAAACUUGUAAAACGAUUGUUGAAAUUCAAUUAUCACAUUGUUGAAGCUAUGGACUGUGAUAAUAGAUGAGAGAGUAAGUUAUAUAAUAUAUUUUUUGGAUAAUAGCUGUGUAUGUAUAGUUUGCUAUCGCUCUCUGUCGCACCACUUCUGAAUGGCUAUUGUUAGAGUGAGAUGGAACGAGCGACUAUGUAUAAGCUAAAAGGACGGAUAGAAUUUAAUAAGGACCAUGGCUUGAAGUCACUGAUCUUCCGUUGAUUUUAAAAUCUCGUAGACUGAUUGGUUGUUGAUCAGCCAAUCAGAUGUUAGAUGAGAUUUGUAUUUAGUAUACGGGUAUAAGUCUAUCUCAGCGCCAUCUACCCGUUUAAACAUGAAUGAAGCCGUUUUUUAUUGAAACUUUCUCUUUAUGCUAAGCAUUCUCAAAUGUAGGCCUAUUUUGGAGUCUUUGUGAAAUUGUUAAUUUUGCAAUGUUGAAAUAAGUCAGUAAUGUAAAUUAGUGUAGAAAUUAAUUGUAAUUUAAGGUUGUUUCUAAUUUAAUAAAGUUAUAUAACAUUUUA